AUGCGCGCUCUUCUUGUCCCGUCCGAGCUACUUGAAGCGGUCGAUGAGUACUUCUGUACCAGCACUACUCGUAACUCCUCGCCUCCUCUCAUCUACUUUCGACCGUCUACGGUCUGCACCGCCAUCGGUCUCGCUACGGUUCCACCAAUCCGCAUCGUUGUGACUUGUCCAGAAGUCGUCCACACCUGGUCCCACGGUCAGGCGCGCGAUUACCCCGCGAUUCCAGACUUGUCGCCUCACACCUCCUGCUAG